GUAUACGAGACGUACGCCGUGUCCACCGACUCAUCCCUUUGCGCACCCGUCGGAAGGAAUAUUCUGGCCCUUAACGGGUCGGCGGCGGACGCGGCCAUCGCUAUGAUGUUAUGUAUGGGCGUAACGACACCACAUCUGACCGGUUUGAGCGGCGGAUCUCUUAUACUGUACUAUAACUCGAGUGAUAAACAAGUGUUUGGUAUCGACGCCAGAGAAGAGGCGCCGAAAGAAUCCCGAAAAGACUUAUUGACCGACAAUGAGGAGCGCAAAGCGGGUCUCUCUGUUGCCAUUCCCGGACAACUGUCCGGUUAUCGGGAACUACACGAUAGGUUCGGUCGACUCGAGUGGACACAACUGUUUGACGGCGCCAUUCAAUUGAGUAGAGAUGGCUUUCGUGUGAACAAUGAUUUGGAAAACGCAUUCAUUUAUGUGAACAAACAUUUGCCCAAAUCAUCGACUCUUCGCAAACAUUAUAUAAAUCCUAAAACUAAUGAACACUACAAAAGGGGAGACAUUAUAAAGAAUAUACAAUUAUCACAAACAUUGACACAAUUGGCCAACAGUUUGGAUCCGAUCCAACUUUUCUAUAUGGGAUCUGUUGCUAAAGACAUCGUACAAGACAUUGAAGAAUACGCACAACAAAACAACUACACGCGUGAG